UCUCUUGUACUUCAUCUUCCGAAGCCCCUUUCUGUUACAGAGAGAACCGCAACGAAGUGAAGAGGAAGAAGAUGGUGAGAGAGUUAUUACCUUGUUUGGCCAUGAUCUUGGUUCAGUUUGGCUUUGCUGGAAUGAACCUUAUAUCGAAGCUCGCCUUGGACUCAGGCAUGAACCCUUUUGUCCUCGUUGCCUAUCGACAAAUCUUCGCCGCCCUUACUAUGUCCCCAUUCGCUUAUUUCCGGGAGAGGAGAACCAGACCAAGGGUCACCUUACGAAUUCUUUGUCAGAUAUUCCUAAGCUCCAUUUUUGGGGCGGCCAUGAACCAGUUCCUCUUUUUACUUGGGCUCAAAUAUUCCACACCAACAAUAGCUUCUGCAUUGGGAAAUUUACUACCAGCAAUCACCUUCAUCAUAGCUGUUCCUUUUGGAUUGGAGAGAGUGGGGAUCAAGAGGAGAUCAGGGCAAGCUAAGGUGUUGGGAACAAUAUUAUGUGUUGGUGGUGCCAUGUUAAUGUCACUUUACAAAGGCAGGUUGAUUAAUACUAUGGAAUCCAGCAUCCACUGGAGAUAUGCUGAGACGAUGCAGCAGAGAGAUUCUAGCAGUGAAUCCAACUUAUUUCUGGGGCCCUUGCUUCUGGUUGGAAGUUGCAUCUCUUGGGCACUAUGGUUUAUAAUCCAAGCUAAAAUGACCGAGACAUUCGCAGCUCCUUACUCAAGCACGGCCUUACUAUGUUUCAUGGCUAGCAUUCAGUGUGGAGUGAUAGGAAUAUGUGUGGAGCACAAUAUCUCUGGAUGGUCUUUAAAGUCACACAUUAGACUCAUUACAGCUUUAUACGGUGGAGCUGUGGGAUCACUAUCGAUUUGCAUCAUGACAUGGUGUAUAGAGAAGAGAGGUCCUCUCUAUGUUGCCAUGUUCAACCCAUUAGUGCUAGUCAUUGUGGCUGUAAUGGGUUGGGCAAUACUCAGUGAAAAAUUAUAUGUGGGAAGUGCUUUGGGGUCUGCUUUGAUCGUAGUUGGUCUCUACGCUGUUCUAUGGGGCAAGGAGAAAGAGAUGGAUCAGAAAGCAUAGACAAUGGUUUUAGCUCAGGAGAGCAGCAUGAUGAGAAAGGAGAUGAGGAAUUAUCCGUGUAUUGAAAUGGCAAUCUUCAAAAUGCAGCUUAAAUGGAAGAUAGAUCAGAUGACACUCCAUUGAUUUGCUACUGAGAUUAAUGUAGAAGAAGAAAUGAUGACUAUAAAUAAAGAGUACAAACAGAGUUUCCCAGCUUUGAAUUACUACCUUUUCUUCAUCUCAAGAAAAGGAAUUUAAAGUAAUAAAUCAAAAGUACUUAUUUA